AACGUUACUAUACUAUAAUCAUACUAUACUAUAAUCAUGUUAGAUUAGUGUUGAAGAUGCCUGUGUAGCUAUUUCAAUACAUUAAACAUUCAGUUUUAGUGGAUCUCUGUGCAUUUUAUUGCACUGUACACCCUGCCUUAAUUUUCUCUAAUGUCUACAAAUAAACUGAGUAGAAAACAGCUCCCACUAGUGGCUGAAAUGAAUGUGUUCAUAUCUCGUACCCCUCCGUGGUUUCCAGGCUGAAGUACACCAUGCAGGAGCCUGAGGUCCUCACUGGAGCUCUGAUAGACUCAGCACAGUACCUGGGCUCAUUGAAGUACGACGUCUGGAGGAAGAUGGCCGACAUGGUUCAUCACUGUCCUUUGUAUCUGGAUCCCAACACAGCACAGGCCAACCUCACCCUCUCUGACGAGCUCACCAGCGUGCAUUAUGGGAAAAAGUGUCCAGUACCUAGCAACCAUGAGCGCUGCAGCAGCCGCAUGGCGGUGCUCGCUGUAGCUGGCUUCACGUCGGGGAAACACUCCUGGGAGGUGGACGUGGGAGAUGGCACCAGCUGGUACAUCGGAGUGGCCCGGGAGUCUAUCGACAGGAAGGACACAGUGUUUCUGAACCCCGCUGAGGGAUUCUGGGUCAUCGGCUUGUGCAACAGUAACACCUACUGGGCACAGACGUCCCCCCGCACUCGUCUGAACGUGCGGACGAAGCCUCAGAGGAUCACCGUGGAGCUGGACUGCGACAAGGGCAAAGUGACGUUCCUGAACACCGCAGACGGUUCUGUUAUGCACACGUUCAAAGAAAAGUUCACGGAAAUGAUUUUUCCAUUCUUUUCACCGGGGAUGAAUGAGGGCAAUAGCGGUCCGAUACCCCUUAAAAUCUCCCCCCUCAAGACUUCAGUCCUGCUCUACUGA